GCGACACGACCAGCGAGUAGUACCCUCACCAGCUCCCUCCACCUCGACCCGCUCCUCGUCGAGUGGACCGACGUAGACACCCAGCGGCUACACCACCGGCACGUUCCCGUGCACCAGGUCCCUCACCUCCCACUCGGACGGCUUCGCGGCUUCGAAGCCAUGGAGGUGUUUGUCGUCUUCCCCCGGCUCUACCAUCCGUCACGGACGGCAUUCGUGUUGACCAACGACGAGUACUGCGAGUGGAU